AUGACACCUGUCUGGCUGCUUCUUCUGUGUGGCGUGGUGGCAGCCGAGCGCCGGUACCUGUUCACAGCGCCCAAUGUCUUCUUCGCCGGCACGCCUGAGCGGGUGUGUCUGACCCUGUUCGACGUGCCCGAGACCGGCAACCUGACGCUGACGUUCAGGAGAAGUGAGAGUAGCCCGACGUUCGCACAGCACACCCAGCAGGUGUCGGGCGUGGCGGGUGGAUCUAAACAGACCUGCUUUGCAAUUCAGCUACCAAAUCAGAGAAUUUCUAGCGCCUGGAUGGGUUUGGAAGUGACUUACCCAUCCGCCGUCGACUACACCAUAUCAGGAAGUCUACGCGUCCGUAUCUAUUUAAGCGACGUUCCUGAAGAGCAUCACUUCCUUCAGACGGACAAGUACAUAUACAAGGCGGGCCAGCUGGUCCGCUUCCGCGUCUUCUCCGUCGACUCGAACCUGAGGCCGAUUUCGGAGCCGUUGCCGCAGAUUUACAUCGAAUCGCCGGCCGGGACGAGGGUGGCGCAGUGGACAGAUGUGACUGGUCAGAGCGGGCUGGUGCAGCUGGAGAUGCAGCUGGCCGAGGAACCCAGUCUGGGUGAAUGGAACAUACACGUAGCGACAAGUGGCGGGCGUAAGGUGAAAAAGACAUUCAAGGUCGAGGAAUUUGUGUUGCCCAGGUUCGAGGUCAACAUCCAGGGUCCUCCAUUCAUUCUGGGUGACGCCGAAGAAGUGGCGUGGAAGGUGUGCGGAAG